ACGGCCUCUGGCGAGAACUUUCCGUUGACUCAACCAGCUGGUUCAAGUCCCGAAAGCCUUUACCGAUGGCUCUGUCGCUGCACACCGUCCUGCUUGUCUCUCUCGGGGUGUGGGUCCUCAUGGAGGAAGGCUCCGGAGCACCCAUCUCUCAAACGUCAGGCUCUUCUUCGGUGGCCAAGAGGGUCCGCACCAAGCGCUGCUCCUGCAAUAACUGGAUGGAUAAGGAGUGCAUCUACUUCUGCCACUUGGACAUUAUCUGGGUCAACACGCCUAGUAAGAUCACCCCAUACGGUCUCGGAAGUCCUCUGUCUCGUCGCCGGCGCUCUGCCGCCCGUUGCCAGUGCGCCAACCCCAGUGACGCGACCUGCUCCAGUUUCUGCUACACCAGCUCCAUGGACCCAAGCCUGGUGGUGGUGAGCCCUCUUGACCGUGAAGUGGACAAGGCCGGCAAAGACCUCCUCACAUAUUUCAGGCAGGUGGCCAAGGCUAAUCUAAUAGCUGCCGAGCAUUCCGCUCCGCCCAGAAAGAAACCGUUCCAGACCAACAAGUCUCGGAUCAGCUAGAGGAGGAUGCAGAUCAGGAAGACGUGCGAGCAUCUGAUCAAACAACCUGCCCAGGAGGAAGCAUCUAUCUCUGAGAUCCAGGCUGCGAGAUCCCGGAAUGGAGAUUCCACCAAGGGGAAGGUGAUGCCGAGUCCUCGAGGAACAACCUGAAGAAGCGAGGAGGACUCUUUCUCGUUCUCUCUAGAAGUGACUGGGACUAAGAUCUUGCGGAGCUUCAGCACAGAACUGCCACCAGGCUGAAAGAGUCCAUACAAAGGUGCCUUGUUGUUCCACUAAAGGAGGGAUCUCUGAACACCUGGUGGCCUUUCGAAAGGAAGGAAUUAAACCGCUGGUCCUAAAAGGACGAACUGUAAAUGUUAGCUUCAUAAACAAAGCGGCUGUUCCUGGUCGAGGGCUGGGAGUGAUCCCGCCGUGUUAUUGUGUUGUUAUGAGUUAAAGUGUAACCUCACGCUGUCCACCCUGUUACUGCCAUGCGCCACCUUUGUACUCGCUCUUCUUCUCCUGAUUCACUUGCAGCAAGUCAUAGUUUCUCUGUAUCAGAGCUUAAUCUGAUUUCCAUUUCGUUUGGAAAUGCAAAUUACCUCCAUGCUGGAAUGCUGUAGGAAUUGCAGACGCUCAAAACAUUCCAAUACCCUGAAACUUUCCCUCGCUGAUACGCGAUAACGCCGUGCAAAGGUUGCCGGCGCUUAUCUCUACGCCGGGCUGCUUUAUGGCUCAUAUUAGCCCCUUUAUGAAAGGGCAGGACUUUGAGGAAAACAUCCUGGAAGGUUCCUUUCUGUUUUUCCUCUCCUCCUGUUCUCUUUUCACGACUGCUCUUUUCCUUUUGUUUUCUUCGCUGGCCUCUUUUGUGAAGGCGGAAGUAUUUAUUGCAUAGUUACCGUGGCCUGUUUUGAUUUUUCCAAAUGAGUUUCAAUGCCUCGGACGCGUGCCAGAAAAACGGAGCGAUUGUUUUUUCCUACGAUAGAAAGAGGCCGUGGAAUGACCCAUUAUGGGGACAGACAGCGCAUUUGUGUGGAAUGUGCUCGACGGGAGGGCUUUUCAGCGAAGCAGCUUGUUCUAAUGUCUCCAUACGUGUGUGUCACGUUUAUUUACCUGCAGCUAUCGUUUCACCUCUGCUGUCGGGCGAAAGGCCGUGCGAGGCCUCCGGCUCGAUCACAGAUACUUGAAUGUUUAGUUUUACACUGUUUGACAGCUUUUGCGUCGGAUUAUUUAUUUAAUUUAUUGGGUAUUUAUAUUCGACUUUGUUUUGUACCUGAUCUGCAAAGAGAAAACGUGUUCUAUCAUGAAUAAAUGAUCAUUGUUGAUGGAAGAAAA